AUGGGGCCUGGCGCGGUUGUGCCGGCUGUGAUCAUUGUUCCUCCACCACCACGACCACCACAACUACAACGACAACAGCCAGUACAGAAGCGCCAGAAAUGCCACUCUGUAGCGACGUUUGCGACAAGUACACAGGACGUACGUCUUCCAGCAGCGGCGGGGGUCCCUGGAGCUGCUUGUGGGGCAGCACUCAGCACUGCGCAUGAAAGGAGCUUGGUGGAGCUGCCAGCUGGAUAUUUCAGGUGCUCCGCACCAGUGCGAAGGUGGCGGGAAUACAAGUGCCGAAGCAACCGCACGCAGUGCCGUGUGGUGAAUGAGGAUGACAACGAGAGGCGCCUGAUGUGGCUUGGCUUAUUGGGUGUUCGGUUGAAGCCUAGAGGUCCGGUCGGCGCCUGCGUGGCACGCGCUCCUAAGUGGGCGUUUCCGUGCCUCAAAGUUGUGCGCGACGCGCAAGGACAUGAGAUUCUUCAAGAGACCAUGGGCCAAGGUGUCGCAAGGGCGCGUGAAGAUCAGCAC